AUGUCGAAGCGGACCGUGGAGGAGAUCUACCAGAAGAAGACGCAGCAUGAGCACAUUCUCGCCCGCCCCGAUAUGUACAUCGGCACCAUUGAGCCGGUCACCGACGACAUGUGGGUCUACGACGAGGCGGAGAGCAUCAUGAAGCUGCGCAAGUGCACGUGGACGCCGGGCCUGUACAAGAUCUUCGACGAGAUCCUCGUCAACGCAGCGGACAACAAGGUGAGGGACCCGCUCGGGCAGACGGUCAUCAAGGUGUGGAUUGACGCGGCGCGGGGAAUGGUGCGGGUGUACAACAACGGCGAGGGCAUCCCCGUGCAGCGGCACCGCGAGCACGACCUGUGGGUUCCGGAGAUGAUCUUCGGCCACCUGCUCACAUCGUCCAACUACGACGACACGGAGGCGAAGGUAACCGGCGGUCGCAACGGCUUCGGCGCGAAGCUGACAAACGUCUUCUCCUCCCGUUUCGAGGUGGAGACAGUCCACAGCCGCUCCCGCAAGAAGUUCUUCAUGCGGUGGCGCAACAACAUGCUGGAGAGUGAAGAGCCCGUCAUCACCUCGUGUGAGGGGCCCGACUACACUGUUGUGACGUUCUACCCCGACUUUGCGAAGUUCAACCUCGAUGGAUUCAACGAGGACAUGCUGUACAUGAUGCAUCGCCGCGNUUGUGACGUUCUACCCCGACUUUGCGAAGUUCAACCUCGAUGGAUUCAACGAGGACAUGCUGUACAUGAUGCAUCGCCGCGUCUACGACGUUGCGGGCUGCACCGACAAGUCGCUGCGCUGUUACCUCAACGACACCAAGAUCGCCUGCUGCUCCUUCGUGGAGUACGUCGACUUGUACCCCACAAUGGGCGAGGAGCGCAAAGCGGCAAGCUACGCGCGUGUGAAUGA